AUGCCGCGGGGGAUCAUGUUGGCUUCCGUUUUCCAUGGCGACUCCAGGGCCAUGGAGGCUAGCCUUGCUAAGGGCGAGUUGCAGUCGCACAAGGACGAUGCGGGUAUGGAGUACCUAAGCUUCCGUGAGCUGCAAACCAUGGAGGUCAAGACCAACGAACGUGGUGAAACAGUUGAGGGGUCCAAGAAGCUCAAAAGCCAGGAGGCCCACACGUUGGCGGGGCUCAUGUCGAAGAUGAAGUGGGAGUGGGUCUGCAAGAAGGAUGCUCAUCUGCCUGAAGGGUUCCUCAAGACGCUGGCCAAGGCAGCCACGGCGUGCGACAAGUUGCUGAAAGAGGGCUUGAAGCUUUCCAAGGAAAGGGGCUUGGCGGAGAAGGAGGGAGCCCUUAAGGCUGCCUACGCCGACCUGACCAAGCACCAGAGCCAGAUUGAACACGUCAAGACUUGGAAGGAACUCCCGAACACCGAUGGCCCACUCACCAAAGGCGCCUUGGACAACUUCUUGCUUGACAUUGCCCGGGACGUUGACAAGUACAACAGGGAGAUCGAAAGCGUCAAGGGCAUCCUCAAGGCAAGGCAGCGCAUGGCCAAAGCCACCGCCAACGAACAGGCAGGCACCAACGGCGCUUACAAAAACAAGUGCCAUGCUGACCUGAUGAACAAAGUCGAGCACUUGAGCCAACUACCAGAGCCAUUUCGAGUUCGAGUUCCCUUCGCCCUGCCUUUCGGCGAGUCGCUGCAGGGAAUGCUCUUGCCACACCAGCUCUUCGCGUCUUUGUGGCGGGACUACCCAGAAACUUGGCGAUCGUCUGUUCUUCCUGAUGAGCAAACCCUGCAACGAUUUUGGAGCGCAGUGGAUUCUCAUCCACAGAUGGAGAGCCACCCCAUCCGGGACGUUGCCGAUUACAAGUCCAAGGUUGUGCCGCUCGCCGUCCAUGGAGACGGCGUGCCGGUGGUCGGUAUGUUGCUGGAAGUGAAGGGCACAGGCUGGCACUUCGGGGCAGCUUUGCACGCUUUAUGGAAUGCUCACAUGAACCCUCAUUUGAUUCUUCAUCGCCGGAUCAACUUGAUGUUGCAGUUAAACUGCCAGCUGGAGAACAUGAUCACAGAGUACAAAGACGACUUCGCGUUCCCCCCUGGGCCUGCUGAGGACAGUCCGGCGCUGGGGCUCGCGACAGUGGACUUAGAUGGAGACUGCCUUUUUCAUGCCUUGGCCGUGGGCGCUGGCGGCUCUGGCCCAACGCUUCGACAAGAAGUGGCGGACUUUCUGGAGGCGAAGGUCGUGGACGAGCCCUCCAACUUCCAAGAUGAGUGGCUGACGGAGGCCGAGCGACUGCGUCGGCGCCUGUGGGGCGGCGCAGCCUCUUGCGUGGCCUUUUCCUUGAUGCGUGGAAUGCGAGUGAUCUCUCACUCGAAAAUUCCCAACAGCUCCGCGGUGGAGGUUGUGGAUCUCAGUCAUCGACUGGUGGACCCGGGCGCCCCGAAAGUCCAUAUCCUCUACAACGGCUCCACUCGCUACGACGCCCUUGUUCGAUUGGAAUCGACGCUGGGGUGGGAGCCGGCGUGGCCGCAGACCGGGCGCCCGAGGUACUUCAAAGAGACGACCGCGGCGCGGCCUGUCGCUGCAAGCGGCCCGUCGCCUCGAGAGAUCCAAGAGCAGAACCUCAUAGGGGACUCGCUGUUCGGCGUCGAGACUGGCGACUCCUUGCGGGAGCGCGUGAUUGAUGUGGCAGGAGCUCAAGAAGAAGACGGGGAAGCAGAUUCUAGCGAAGCGGGAGAGCUGACAGAGGAAGACGGCGAAGAGGCAGACGAGACAGAAGAGGCAGAGGAAGCUGGCGCCCUCAGACGGCGGAGGUAUCGCCAGAAAACGACCCCGCCGCCGGAGUUGCGCGAGGACGUGAUGGAAGAAGUGGUCAAAGCCAAAGUGGCCCCGGCGGAGCAAACUGCUCACCCGCUGCGGCAUUUGGAGGAGAUCGUCAAGCUGAUCGCGGAGACCAAGAUCAGAGCAGACCCGACCCUCCCCCCCGGCCGCGCCUCGGCCGUCGAACUAGAUGCCGGGGCGGUCUGGCCCCGCGCUUUCUGCGCGUUCGUGGACUGCGACUGGGCGGUCGCCGAAGGCACCGAGGCGGACCUCCAACUUCACCUCGCGGAAGCCCGCAGCUGCGACCUUAUGGCGGGCGCGCGGCUGCUCCUGCGACCUGGGGAUCCGAGCCAGCUGAUGUCGAUUUACAACGAGGCCCUCGCCCGGCGCUGCCGGCAAGGCGCGCCCCUGGCAGGCUGUUCUUUAGACAGGACGGCCUUGCGGUCCUUUGCCGCGGCCGUGGAAGGGGACAAGGUCGAGGCGCUGAUCUGCGCGUCCUGCGCCUGCGUCUACAGCCGCGUGGCCGAGCUUGAGGAGCAGAAUGAAAUUCAAUGGCGCCGGAUUCUAAGCCGCUGCGGCGGGGAGGAGGAGGGCGAGCGGCGGCUCUUCGGCCAGCCAGCGCCUCGCGUGGUCGAGAUCCUCGGCCUGAACGCCUUUCUCGACAAGUACGACAAGCUACACUCAGAAAGAGCUGCGAGGAUGUCGACCAAUGAAAGCUUUGAGGACUGGAAGUUGAAGUUGCCCGGCCCCGGCGGCGCAGAAAUCCUAUGCUGCCCGGAAGACCGCCGCUGCGGCGCGGAUCCGACCCACGUCGGCGCCGCGGGCGUCCUGUGCGAGGAGUGCGAGACGCCGGUGUGUCGGGCCUGCUUCGAGAGCCUCAAGAAGAAGAAGAUGCCGCCUGUGAGCCUUGCCAAUGAUAUGUGGGUCGGCUACUCCCCUGAGAGAAUCUUCGAAGAAAAGAUGACCGUGCUGGAGCUGAUCUGCGCCUCUCCGUGUGUGACCACCAUGGUCUGCAUGUCCAUGGAGGCUCGUCACAGGCACGCCUCGGCGCCCUUCGACGAGACGGCCCACAUGGCCAGACACCGCUACGGCUUCCGCGGCAAUCCGCUCACUUUUCCACUGCCUUGGGAAGACUUGAUGCGCGAGCUCCAGAGCGUGGGAGAAGAGGCGGCGGCAUUGCCGCGAGCUGGAGUGCAGCUGAGUGAGGUGGCCCGCGUGCUCUUGAAGACCAACCAACACGGCCAAACCUCAGAGGCGGAAAUUAAGACCUUGAUCCACCAGGCCAACGUCAGAAGAGAGGUAGCGCUCAACCUCAUCCUGGACAUGAAGCGCCUGGGCCACCCGUCUUUCAUUGGAGCCGAUGAGGACGCCGUCCGGGCCCGGGCGGCGGCCUUGCCCGAGGACGGGGUGCCGCCAGAAGUCUUACGCGUGGUCACUCUGCUGGAUGGCUCGGAGAAGAUCAACGACAAGCUGCUGCCGCAGAAGGCGGCGACCCCAGUGGAUGGCCGCAGUGACGCGGUUGAGGCGGGAAGAAUCUUCGCCGCCCAGCGGCCGCGGGGGGUCGUGGCAGAAGGCGAGCAAGCGCUGGAUCUCAACCAGACGCAGAUCGCCGCGAUGCGGCGGCUACAAGACGAGCUGACUUCGGACGCAGAGAAAGCGCUGCGGUCCUUGGAGGUGAGAACGGGCAACCAGUUGGUGGACCAAUUUCAGCCUCUUUAUUUCGCGGUGGCGUUCUGCUUCUGCUUUAAGUUCGGGACAGUCGAUAUCCACGCGUGGGCCGCGGCUAUGCAGCGCCGUGUGGAGUCCCAGUUUCGCCGGGACUGGAACUUCGGCUACUCCAUAUGGAACUACAUCUUCCGAACAGCAGUCAACCUACAGAAAAACGUCUACAUGUACUCGAUCCCAGACGAGUCAAAUCCUGAAAGGCGCCGACCGAUGACUGGCAAGGAAGUCCUCAAAGGCGCGAGUGACCUGCUGCGGGCGCUGGACAGCAAAUACGCGGACGUCUCCGGCGAGCUGAAUACUGACGCGGAGGAUCCCUGGCACCCAAGAGGUGCGGACUACUACCUAACGUUCUCCCCCUCGGAGCGCGAUACCGCGCUGAUGCUCCGCCUGGCCCGGGUCCGGCAAAGCGACCCCUCCUUGCAAAGCGACAGAGACAGAAGCUUCCAAUCUCGGAGCUCGCCCAAGCUAGACGAGGAGUUCUGUAGACUCUCGCCCGAGGCGCUCUUGGAGGAGCUUCCCGACUACGACGAACGCAAGACGCGCAGCGUCUAUUGUCGACCUGACCUAUGGCAAGAAGGGCUGCGCGAGACCGUGGAAGCCGAUUGGCCGGAAUAUAAAGAUAGCAGUUUGAUGCUGAGCCGGCCGGCGUAUCAGACCGACGCUUCGAUGAGCCCGGCCGACUGGAAAGCCCGUUUCCUGGAGGUGGAUGUAGAGGACGCCCGGGACCCGUCCAAAUGCAAGAGCGGCUUCCCCAGAGACAAGGCUCUAGUGGAUGGGACAGUCUUGGUGUGCCCCGGUCUCGGCCAGAAAUUUGAGCUACCUGUCAAAGGCAAGCGGAGCUUGCUCGGGGUCUGCUGGGGCCCGGUCAACGAGCCGAACCUCAACGGGAACCACCCCGCGUUCCUCGCGGCGCUGAGAUGCAACGGAGACCUGCAGCUACCCUACCGUUUCCCGAUCACUACCGAGACGCACAGCGACUCGCUUUGCGAGGAGAACUGCGCGGGCAGGCAAGCCAUUCGCUUGCUGAUCAGAGAGGCGCAGCUGACGCAGGACCGAGCGAGUGUCGCUCUUAUCGUUGAGCGGGGGCAGCGGGACUUAGCGGCGGAUCUGGAAGACAAGCCGGUCGGCUACCUCGCGGCUCGAAGCAACAAGAGGCUGAUCACGGAUAUUUACUCCAGGGGGGUCUGCCGCGGCGCCGUGGAAUGCUGCAACCUGAUUGUCAACUCUGGCAAGAACGACCCGACCUCUGCGGAAACGAUUAAGACGGCCCCCGUGACGGAUAUUUCGCUGUCGUUUGGAUUGCGGCUGAUGGAAGCCGCGGCAACCGGUGAGCCGUGGCCCGUGGAGCCGCGGCGCCAGCAGCCGGAUAAGCGCGACUUUGGGCUGCGUCAGACUGUCUCCAGGCCGGCCUUUUGGACCUUCUACGGAUCGCGCGGAAAAGAUCCUCGAGUCUUCGAAUUAUCUGCCUUCGAAUUUGCUCGCCACUUCCAGUGCGCCGUAGCCAGACAUCCUCGCAAGGUCGCGGACUUAGGCUGCGAAGGCGAAGAGGAAGAGGAGGAGGGCGACGAGGGGCGCAAUUGCGGAGCCGAGUUCCACGCUUACUUGACAGACGAGGGCCAGAAGAUAUUGGCGCGUCUCCGCCGCGCCGCGCUACUGCCCGGGACGCACUAUCGCGUCAAGGAUCUCGGCGGCGAAGACUGGGUCGCGCUGAGCGACGGCGCUCUGGGGCAAACCUUCAGGCACGAUUGGGUAGCAGUCCUACGGCGCCGGCCCAACGUCCCUGUGGUUCAAGGCGCCUUAGGCAGCCGCUGCGACGAGGAUACUGCCAAGAAGGUGCUCCUGCUGUUCUUUCCAUGGACAAACGAUCCUUCAGAAGCUACCUCUCGCGUGCCCUAUUUGAGCAGCUUCAAGGCCCCGGGCGUCAAGACCUGGAGACACGCGCUGCGAUUCCGCCUGCUGCGAGACGGGUUCCCGACCGAGGAGGUCAAGCAGUUUGCUCAAAACUUCUGCUUCGUCUACGGCCUGCCGCGAGAACUUCAGCCGAGCGACAAGCUGGAGGAAAACAGCGACAACGAGUUCGAAGACGAGCCGAUGGAGCUGGAGGAGGAAGACCUCCUGGCGGCGCAGGCCACGCGCAUCAAAGGCGCCGCGCAGCCGGGCGAAGCUGGGGGAGAAGAGGAAGAAGACGCCGAGGCAGAGACGCCAGAAGACGCGACCGCCAAGGCGCAGCGGAUCGCCCGCACGGAGCAGAUGUUCCAGCUGUCCAAGGAAGUCUGGGGCGGGGCGGCCGCGUCCGGCGAGGGCGACCCAAGCUUCGCCCAACACUAUGCCGAUAUGGCGGCCAAGCAGGCCGUGGAAGACCACGACGAGCUCGAGGAGGCGGCCAAGGCCUCCCGCGCCAAGGGGGAGAAAGAGGGCCCCGGAGUGAGCGCGGUCCGCCCGCUCGUGACAAAGGCCGGCCUGCUCGGGUGGCUGGAAGCCAAGCGGCCCAACCUAAACGCCAAGCAGCAAGAAAUCUUGGCGCUAGUCGUGGAGCGGGUUCUGAUCGAGUGUGGCCUGCUCGCGCCGGAAGAGUCGAGUCGCCAAAGCGGCGAGCCCUUGGUGUGGCUAUUACACGGGCCUCCGGGCGCGGGAAAGUCUCACGUCCUGAAGUACUUGAGGGAACUCUUCGAAGAGCAGCUCGGCUACGUCCAAGGCAUCGACUACGAGGUCGCCGCCUUCCAGGCUGUGAACGCCGCGGACAUCAAGGGCAAGACGAUCCACAACGUCUGUGGUUUGAGCGCCGACUGGAAGGCCGUCGACCGCGCCGUCAGCAAGGAGGUGGCCAAGCGGAUGGGGCUCUGGCGCUGGCUCAUCAUCGACGAAGUCAGCAUGGUGAACGCCCGGCUCCUGGCGCAAGUGGAUCAGCGCCUGCGCAGCGCGGCGCCAGACGCGGCGGCUUGGAAGCUUGACCCCGUGACAAACUCCUCCCGACCCUUCGCGGGCAUCAACGUGCUCUUCACCGGGGAUUUCUAUCAACUGCCUCCGCCUAGCGGGGCGUACUUGGGCGACGUCCCCUACAAUCGGCGCCCGCGAGCGCCCGACGACUUGACGGCCCCGGACCCCUUGGCGGACUAUGGCAGGGAGCUGUUCUGGGGCGGCGCCGUCCAAGGCGUCACCGAGUUGGAGGAGCGGGAGAGAUGCAAGGACGGCUGGUGGAAUGCAGUUGUGGACGAGCUACGAGCCGGGCACCUCUCGGAGCGCAACUGGAAAUAUCUCCAUGGGCUCCCGGUGGAAGGCUGCGCCCUGUCCGACGAAGAACGGGCGUCUCGACGACGAGUCGUCGCGGGCCACAGCGACCCGCGGCUCCAGGAAGCCAAGUUCAAGCAGGCGCCAGUCAUCGUCGCGAACAACGACGCCAAGUUUCAGAUCAACAAAGACCGCGCGCUGCGCUAUUCGAAGGAGUCGGGCGCGCCGCUGCGGUGGGCCGCCGCCGCUGACAGGCCGGGCUUGGCGCUCUUGCAGACUCAGGCCUGCGACAAGGCGGCGAGGGUCCGUUGGCUGCAAUACCAUGACAGGGACACUGGAAACCUGUGUGGAAUGCUACCGCUUGCCGUGGGCAUGAAGGUGGCGCUGACAGAGCACUUGGACAGGUCUGAAGACAAGCUCCUUCUACGCGGCGCGACGGGGUUCGUGCAUUCCUGGCGCUGGCCUCCUGGCGCGCGGCAGCCUACCCACGUCUAUGUGAAGUUUCAAGGCGCGGAGUGGCCGAAGGUCUGGUUCCUGGACGGCGGCAGGCCCAAGCCCGUGCUGAGGAUCUCCCGAACUCAGAUCCCGCUAGUGCCGGCCUACGCCAUCACUGCCCACGGGAGUCAGGGUAAGACCUUGCCGGCGGCCAUGGCCGACUUCAACGUGGACAGGUGGACGGACAUCACCUUCGGAACCGUGGCCGGCAGCCGCGUGAGGAGCCGUGAAGAUAUCCUCAUUUUGCGGCCGUUCCCGCUCUGGCUCUUCCAGCGGGGUGCGCCAGAGGGGCCAGAGUUGCUGCUGAAGACUCUCCGAGGUGAAAAGAUUGAUUGGGUCAACUACCGCGAGGCCCGCGCGCCCAGCGCGCCGUGCCAACAAUGCAAAGUGGUUAAGCCUUUCGACUACUUCGCGGACGCCCAGUGGGACAAAGCCAGAGCCAACCUGCCUGCCACUUGUCUGACUUGCAUUCAUAAGGAUGGAGGCGCCUGCAAGCGCAAACUGCCUUCCAAUGUUGAGCGGCUGCGCUGCAUUGGCUGCGGCUUCGAGAAAGUGGAGCACGCGUUUCCCCGAGCUCAACUUCGGCAGCCUCGUGCAGAAGAAAGGCGAAAUUGCAUCGCGUGUUUGAAGAACGUCUCGGAGUUGACUUGCUCGCAAUGCGCAGAGGUGAAGCCGCUGAAGGAGUUCCACCUAUCUGCGUUGACGCUGCCGUGGGCGGCCGCGUGUCAAAGUUGCCAGGACGCGGUGCGCGGCAAGGCUCGUCGGCUCCGGGCCGGAUGGGAGAAGUGCCGAGGCUGCGCGGCUUUUCUGCCCACGUCUUCUGCCGUCUACAUCAACCAACGCUGCCCCAACUGCGCGGCAGAUCGCAAACGGGGCGAACGUACUUGUCUCAGAUGCAAGAGGAAAUGGAGCGAGAAUUCGGCGGAAGAACAGAUCCGCAAACGAUUCUGCCCGAAUUGCCGCUAG